AUGACUAUCUCCGAGUCCAAUUCCGACACGGCGUCCAAGUCCGGCGGCGGCGACGUCGACACGGAAACCCAGGUGGCUCCGAUCACAGAAGUCGACACAGUAGAGACGCCUACUAAGCCUGAGGCACCUGAUUCCAACAUUGUCGACUGGGAUGGGCCACAAGAUAUCAACAACCCGCGGAACUGGAGCAAGGGCAAAAAGUGGGCACAUAUUAUUAUGGUGUCCCUGUUCGCCCUGGUAACGAAUAUGGCCCCGACUAUGUGCGUCCCCGGGACGCCCUUGAUUAUCCACGAGUUCCACAUCGCGUCAACAACAGUAGCCGUGCUGGCCAUCACCAUCUACGUCCUCGGCCUUGCCGUGGGUCCCAUGAUUCUCUCGCCUCUCAGCGAAGCAUAUGGGCGUCUUCCGAUUUAUCACGCCUCCAACUUCCUGUUCCUGAUGUUCCUCAUCGGCUGCGGACUCAGCCAAACGGUGGCACAGUUCAUGGUUUUCCGCUUCUUCGCGGGCUGCAUGGGCGGCGUUCCUAUGCCCCUGGGUGGCGCCACCAUUGCGGAUCUCCUUGAGGUCAACGGUCGGCCUCUGGCCAUGGCUCUCUUCAGCUUGGGCCCUCUUACAGGACCGGUUAUCGGGCCACUGAUCGGCGGGUUCACUAUUGUCGCCCUUGGCUGGCGCUGGUCAUUCUGGCUCUUGAUCAUUAUCAGUGGGGCGGUAUUCCUCCCCUCCGCCAUCUUCAUGCGCGAGACACAUCCAAAGAUCCUGCUGGACCGCAAGACGGCGCGGCUAAGGGCCAGCACCGGAAACAUGGAGCUGCGGUCCAAGAUGGUGACCAAGCGCCUGUCGGCUAGCCACGUCCUCAUGUCGACGCUGAUCAAGCCCUGCGAGCUCCUGAUCAAGUCGCCCAUCCUACUCGUCAUCUCAAUCUACGUGGCCCUCAUCUUCGGCACUAUGUACCUCCUGUUCACCACUUUCACCAGCGUCUUUGAGGGGCAGUAUGGCUUCAGCACCGCCAUGUCCGGCCUCGUGUACCUCGGCACUGGUGUGGCGCUCAUAUUCUCCCUUGUUAGCUUCCAUCUAUUUGGGCGCAAGAUAAUUCAGUGGUGUAUGAGGAGAGACGGGGUUACAACCAUCAAGCCGGAGUACCACCUGGUAAUGAUGAUCCUCUUCAGUCCCUUUGUGGGUCUCGGACUCUUCAUGUACGGCUGGACCACUUUCUACGCGGUCCAUUGGAUUGUACCCAUCAUUGGGACUGUGCUCAUUGGCUUCGGUGCCUUUUUCGUCAUAAUGCCUGCGCAACUAUACCUGGUGGACCUUUUCGGCUCAGAGCUUGCUGCCUCCGCUUUGGGUGCAAACAACUUGCUGCGGUUUAUAUUCAGCCCUUUCCUGCCAUUGGCUGGUCCGGCUAUGUAUGCAACUCUGGGCUAUGGAUGGGGUAACACCUUGCUCGGAUUCCUUGCCCUUGCGUUUGUGCCUUUCCCCAUCGUCUUCUACAAGUAUGGGCACAGGAUGCAUGGCAAGCUCGCCAAUAUGUAG